ACGACCAAUGGUCAUGCCCAUACACUCCUCACGGCAAUGACGUCGACAUGGAUGGCACGUGGUAAAGGCACCCCCCUGCAGGUGCUCCUGCUUUUGUUGGCGCUUCUGAUCGUCCCCCGCGGCGGCGAUGGCGCCGCGGUGUUCUCCGGGUACACGUUCAAGGGGCAGGGCGAGGCCGAGGCCUUCGAGGAGGCGCUGCUGCGCCAGGCGUGCUUCAACGUCACCUCUUCUUCCUCCGGGGCCGGGCGCGGCAAGGGUGACUGCGUCUCGCGCAUCGACACGGCGCGCGGCGGGCCCAGCAGCGGGCCCGUGCCCGUCCUCCGCGCCGCGCUCCGCGACACGCUCGGCGAGGCCGUCAGCGCCGUCGGGGCCGUCGCCGGCCUGGCGUCCCUGUCCAACCACGCGCGCGAGGAGAUGGCCGUGCGCGACUGCAUCGAGCUGCUGGGAUACUCCGUCGACGAGCUAGGGUGGUCGCUCGACGCCAUGGCCGAGUCCCUCGACGGCGUGGAGCCGGAGAUGGAGACCCAGCACGGCGCUGCGUCCGGGAGCGUCCGCAGCGGCGCGCGUGCCGAGGACGACCUGCACGCCUGGCUCAGCGCCGCGCUGGGCAACCAGGACACGUGCACGGAGGGCUUCCGCGGCACCGAUGGCCGCCUGCUGCGUCGCGUCGAGGCAUCCGUGGCGCAGCUGACGCAGCUGGUGAGCAACCUGCUCGCCAUGCACAAGCGGCUGCGCAGCAUCAUGCCGCUGCGCCAGCACGGCAAGAACGACACGGCGGCGUCCGGCGCCGGUUCGGAGCUGCCGCCGUGGGUGAUGGACGUCGCCGGCGGCGUCGAAGGGGAGCUCGCGCGCGCCCGGGGCCGGACGGGACGGAAGAAGGCGAUGCGCGUGGACGUGGUGGUGGCGCGGGACGGGAGCGGGAGGUACCGGUCUGUCGGCGAGGCGGUGGCGCGCGCGCCCAACCACAGCCGGAGGAAGUACGUCAUCUACGUGAAGCGAGGGGUGUACUACGAGAACGUGGACGUGAAGAAGAAGAAGAGCAACAUCGUGCUCGUUGGCGAGGGCAUGGGCGAGACGGUGAUCACCGGCAGCCGGAGCUUCUCGAGCGGCUGGACCACGUUCCGGAGCGCCACCGUUGCCGUGUCCGGCGCGGGGUUCAUCGCGCGGGACCUGACGAUCCGCAACACGGCGGGGGCGGCGGCGCACCAGGCGGUGGCCCUGCGCGUGGACUCGGAUCGCUCGGCCUUCUUCCGCGUGGCCAUCGAGGGGCACCAGGACACGCUCUACGCGCACUCGCUCCGGCAGUUCUACCGCGACUGCCGCGUGUCCGGCACCGUGGACUUCGUCUUCGGCAACGGCAUCGCCGUGAUCCAGCGCACCAUCCUCGCCACGCUGCCGCUGGCGCCGGGGCAGACGGGGAGCGUCACGGCCCAGGGCCGCAAGGACCCGAACCAGAACACGGGGUUCUCCAUCCACAACUGCGUCGUGGAGGCCAAGUACCCGACCUACCUCGGCCGACCGUGGAAGCCAUUCUCGCGGGUGGUGGUCAUGGAGUCGUACUUGGGCACCGGCGUGCGCGCGCGCGGGUGGCUCGAGUGGGCAGGGGACGCCGGACUCAACACCCUCUUCUACGGGGAGUACAGAAACUUUGGGCCCGGCGCGGGGGUCGCCGGGCGGGUGAAGUGGCCGGGGUACCACGUGAUCAUGGACCCGGCAUGGGCCAGCCACUUCACCGUAAGGCGGUUCAUCGACGGCCUCACAUGGCUGCCGUCCGCCGGCGUCACCUUCACGGCCGACUUGAUCAAGAAAUGACACACUAGCAAAUGGUCAAUUUGGGGAUGGAGGAUGGCCGGAAUCGAUGUAUUCCCUUACAUUUAUUGGAAGAUAAAUUUUAGUAGGGUGUUUACAAAUGUUUGCCUGGUAUGCAAUUAGAAUGGACGUUUUUUCAGGGGAAGAAUGUACGUUGGUGAAGCGUAACACGUAGAUUGUUUAGAUCUUAUUAACAACAAUAGGGCGCAUGAAUUGUUCUCGUGAUUUGUUUUGACAAUUAAAACAUGACUACACCAAGGGUCACCUUUGAGCCCUUAUAUUUGCUCCGGCGAUGGAUGA